CAGGUGUACCAGACAGCUGGGUGUAUUGACUGAUUGACUCCCCACCGGGGGGGCGGUGUGUCCUCAGCGGGCAGGCUGCCAUGUGGAUGCAGGUUCCUCCUUCGGCUCCGAGCCGCUGAUGAGCACCUCGACGGGCUGGAGAGGAGAGCUGACAGCCGGCAGCCUGAUGCCUCCCAGCAGCCUCCUGGAGCCCGGAGCAGCGGGGUCGGUCCCCGUGCCCCGGUCCUCUGUCUCCCCGCAGCCUCUGGCCCCGGACCAGGUGCCAGUCAGGAGGGUAGAUGUAUUUAUUAUUUAUUCUGCAGAGUGACUGAAUGAGUAAAUAAUGACUAUAUUAGUGUUCAGCGGGUCUGACUGCAGCUGUAUCCGUGUCUCUGGUUUCAUCCUCCGCCUUUGUCCCGUGUUCCCACGGAGGUCCUCCCCCUGCGGCGCGGGGCGGAGUUUCAUACCGGACUAGACGCUCCUUUUGUCGGAUUCGUUUCGAGCGGCCUCCCCGGGGUUUACGGCGGAAAAACACACACUUGGAGAGCCCUGAAAUAACAGCCCGGAGCCCAGCGGUGCGCGGUGUUUCCCCGGGUCUUGGUCUCGAUCUGCAGCUCCAUCUCCGUGUGUGUGUAGACUGACUCGCUGCAUGAUGAACGGCAGCAGCAGCGUCUCGGUGGCUCAGAGCUCCAGGAUAAAAAACGAACCAGAUGACUGGACGAAGGAGGACUGUCUCACUCUCCUGGAGAGGAUUCGUUCUCUGUUGCCGGACGACGACGGCAUGAAGUACAAAACCACCGAGUCGCACUACGACUGGGACAAAGUCGGUUUCGGCCGCUUCUCCGGAGACACAUGCCGCCAUAAAUGGCAGAAAGUUUCCUCUGAGGUCCGUAAGUACCGAACGAUGACGGAGCUCAUCGUGGACGCCAUGGAGUUCGUGAAGAAUCCGUACAAAGGGAAGAAACUGAAGACUCAUCCAGAUUUCCCCAAAAAGCCUCUGACUCCAUACUUCCGCUUCUUCAUGGAGAAACGAGCCAAAUACGCCAAAAUCCACCCGGAGAUGAGCAACCUGGACCUGACCAAGAUCCUGUCCAAGAAGUACAAGGAGCUGCCCGACAAGAAGAAGCAAAAGUACGUCACAGAGUUUCAACAGGAGAAAGAAGCGUUUGAGAAGAACAUGGCUCGAUUCAAGGAGGAGCACCCCGAGCUGAUCGAGGAGAGGAAGAAGUCCGACCUGCCGGAGAAACCGAAAACUCCUCAACAGCUGUGGUACAACCACGAGAAGAAGACCUACAUGAAGCUGCACCCAGAGGUGAGUCCGAAGGAGCUGAAGGAGGCUCUGAGGAGACAGUGGUCCCAACUGUCUGACAAGAGGAGACUCAAGUGGAUCAGCAAGGCCCUGGAGCUCCAGAAGGACUACGAGGGCAGUAUGAGAGCAUAUCAUGAAGCUCAUCCAGAUGUGACCUCUGAUGAUCACGUCCGGUCCGUCCUCACUAAAGCAGAGAGACAGCUGAAGGACAAAUUUGAUGGGCGGCCAACAAAACCACCACCCAACGGGUACUCCCUGUACUGCGCCGAGCUCAUGGUGAACAUGAAGGAUGUGCCCAGCACGGAGCGCAUGGUGCUCUGCAGCAAGCGCUGGAAGCUGAUGACGCAGAAGGAGAAGGACAUGUUCCAGAAGCGCUGCGAGCAGAGGAAGAAGCAGUACGACGUGGACCUGCAAAGGUUCCUGGAGAGUCUUCCGGACGAGGAACGUGACCGCGUUAUGGGCGAGGAGAAACCGGGCGGGUCCAGAGGGGGCGUGGCCUCCAGCCCGCACAGAGCCAAGUCUCUGGCCAAGGUGGUGUCUCUCGGUCGGGAGGCGGAGCCAGAGACGUGGACGCCUGCCGGACAACCAAAGGACCGACGGGACGGGAAGAAGACGGCGAAGCUCCCGGAGACGCCGAAAACCGCUGAAGAGAUGUGGCAGCACAGCGUGAUGGGAGACUACCUGGCCAAAUACAGAAGCGACCGCAGGAAGGCUCAGGCUGCGGUCGAGGCGGCCUGGAAGUCGAUGGAGAAGAAGGAGAAGAUUCCUUGGAUCAAGAAGGCGGCGGAGGACCAGAAGCGUUACGAGGUUCAGUACCAACAUGUGAGGGAGCUGUUGGACAUGAGGACUCCACCUGCAGCUCAGAACCAGAGGAAACCCAAGUUUGAUGGAGAACCAAAGAAACCUCCAGUGAGUGGGUAUCAGAUGUUCUCCCAGGAGUUGCUGACCAAUGGCGAGCUGAACCACUUCAGCCUGAAGGAGCGCAUGGUGGAGAUCGGGAAGAGGUGGCACAAACUGACCCAGAGUCAGAAAGACAAGUACAAGAAGAUGGUGGAGGAGCAGCAGGGGGAGUACAAGGCCGAGCUGGAGGACUGGGUCGAGUCUCUGUCUCCUCAGGAACGAGCCGUCUACAAAGAGUUCUCCUCCUCGAAGCGUCGCAGCAACACUAAAGUUCGCAGCAGUCCAGCAGCUAAAGUCCGCGUGACGGCGAAGGGGAAGGCGGCCAGUUCGAGAGCCGCAACGCAGCCGGUCGGCGUCGCCAAGAGGGCAAUGGCGUACAGAGCCAAGCAGGACAUGUCCGACUCCACCGAGAAGAGCGACUCGUCCGACUCUGAUGAAGAUGAUGAGACGUCAGGAAGCACAGACAGUGACGACGACGAUGAAGAUCAGAGCUCCUCGGAUGAAUCCAGUGACUCUGACUCGGAUUAGCUCCGCCCCUUCCCCUCAUUGGAGGACAGGCUGUGCAGGCCACGCCUCCUCACAUUCUAGUUGUCCAGGCAGACCAAUGAGAAUGGGCAAUGUCAUGCUGUAGUCACGCUGACCCCUCCCUCUGAAGGGGGCGUGGCCUGACGGAGUGUUUUGUUACUCAUGUGUUUGUUGGUUUUUAUCUGAUCAACAUUUUUUUUAGCAAUGGCGCGGCCUGUUGGCGGAGCAGAGCCUAUUGGCUGUUUGUUACCGCUGAGGGAGGAGCCUAUUGGCUGUUUGUUACUGCUGAGGGAGGAGCCAGUGUUCAGCCUCCAAUCAGCUGCCUGAGAAAAUUAACAAAUAAAUGCACUUUCUCAC